UAGCACCAGCUCGAGCAGAGCUCUUCAGCUUGGAACUCUCGCGAGGGGAAAAUGACUUCCACAGGAGAGGGAGAAAGAUGAGGUCUGAAACGGACCUAAUGACCGGGGGCAGGGAGGAAAGUGUCGUCGAAAUACAAUUCAGAGAUAUUCCGAGGGGACAGGACGCCGUCUCCGUCAACUCAAAGCAGAAAGAAGAGAAGAAGGAGGUCUUUACUAAGGUAGUAAUAAGGCGACUUCCACCCAACCUGUCCAAGGACCAGCUGGAAGAACAGCUCAGUCCUCUUCCAUCCUAUGACUACUUCGAGUUUUUCCCUGCUGAUCAAAGCCUCUAUCCACACCUGUUCUCCAGAGUUUACAUUAACUUCAGAAACCCCGAAGACAUCCUGCUCUUCAGAGACCGCUUUGAUGGCUAUGUUUUCAUUGAUAACAAAGGCCAGGAGUACCCAGCUGUGGUAGAGUUUGCCCCCUUUCAGAAAGUCUCCAAGAAGAAGCUCAAAAAGAAAGAUUCCAAAGCUGGAAGCAUUGAAGAAGACCCGGAGUACCGGCGGUUUCUGGAGAACUACUCCUGUGAUGAGGAGAAGUCCAUGGCCAACCCCGAAACCCUGCUGGGAGAGAUAGAGGCCAAGACAAAGAAACUCAUAGCCAAAAGAACAACACCUCUUCUGGAGUACAUCAAGAAUAAGAAACUUGAGAAGCACAGGAUAAGAGAGGAGAAGAGAGAGGAGCGUCGACGCAGGGAGCUGGAGAAGAAACGGCAGAGGGAGGAGGAGAAGAGGAAACGGAGGGAGGAAGAGAGACGCAAACGCAAGGAGGCGGAUAAACAGAAGAAACUAUCGGAGAAGGAGAUCAAGAUCAAGCUCCUGAAGAAGAGUGACUGGGACGAUGAUGUGGACUCUGACAGGCUCAAGGACAAAGGAGACAGUGGGGACACAGAGAGGGCCAAGUGGGACAAACCCUGUGGACACAUGAAGUCAAAGGAAACCAUGGACCCGGGUCAGAUGGAGAGCGAUAAGGAGCAGAGAGAGCACGGCCGCAGGCAGAGAGACAAAGACCACAGAGGAAGAGACGAGGAGAGGAAACGACAGCGCCACCACUACGAGUUCGACAAGUCCAUGCGGUGCAAGGAGGAUACCAAGUGGGGUAAAGGCUACUGCCAGGACCGUGCAAAGAAAGAUGGCCAAUACCACAGCUCCUACGACAUGUGCGACAAGGUGGGCAAGGAGGUCAGAGAGGACAUAGGCGGUAGCAGGAAGGACCGCGUCCGGAACAAGGUGAGCGACAAGUCUGUGUUAGCCUAUCAGGACAGAAGGACGUCCCAGUCAGAGGGGCCACACCAGAUACGAGGGGCUCUGCCAAACAAGGACCGGCCUGCCAUGCAGCUCUACCAGCCAGGCGCUCACAAUCGCAAGCGCGUGAGCUCUGCGAUGAAAGGUUAUGAGCAUCCCAUGAACCGCUCGCCAGAACACGCGGCGGCGGACCACUGCUACGAGGCCGUCGCCAUGGAAACGGGCUCGGAAAAGAGCGGAGACGAGUAGUCCAGUCUGUCUGCUCUGAUAAGCCUUUCACAAUAUUUACGCCUAUGAAUUAUGAAGCCUUUAUCUGCUGGUUUUGAUUAUAUAAAUGCUUCAAAAUUCACAAAAGUGACGUGAGCUGAUGAAGACGAUCUCAUAGAACAAAAUGUAUAAGAACCCCUGUUUACCACAGAAUACAUUUUUUCCGUUUAUGAAAAAACAAACAUGAACUUCUCUAUAGGCUUUGACGAGCCAUGGCGGAGUUAUUAGUGCCUACAAAAAGAGGACAUUACUAUUGCUCUCUAUUGGGCUGCCAGAUUGUAGGCUUGUGUGUUACUAAACGGCAUGCAUGCACAAGGCUCUGGGGUUGAUGGAGCUGCACUCGCCGUUGAAAUCAUUUAAACUUUACAACGAUUCUGGGUCAAACCUUUGCGCAAAUAAUUUCAAAAGGAUUUGAAGAUUGGGUCACCCAUGAUUGGGGUAGGAGAGUAACAAAGAUCAAUCAUUCCCAAUACAUAAUGGAAACCUUUUCAUCUUAUUCUCCUUUGUUGUAUUCUGUACAUCAGAGAGAAUUUUCUCUGGAUGCGAUUAGAUUGUGUUUUGUCAAGCAUGAUGGGACAGAAGCUAAAGGAAGUUGUUUGUUUCUUGCUUGUGUGUUAUUCCCAUGUUGUGUCACCCCUGGGUACAAUAGCACAGUAUGUGCAUUUAUUAUGGAUCCCCAUUAAGCAGCUACUCUUCCUGGGGUCCGGAAAAAUUAAGGCAGUUAUACAUAAAAAAAAAUAGAAUACAUUUAUAACAGGUUUCACAACACACUAAGUGUGUGCCCUCAGGCCCCUACUACACUACCACAUAUCUACAACACAAAAUCCAUGUGUAUGUGCAUGUAUAGUGUGUAUGUUAUUGUGUGUGUGUGCAUGUGUCUGUGCCUGUGUGGGUGUUGCUUCACAGUCCCCGCUGUUCCAUAAGGUGUAUUUCUAUCUUUUUAAAUCUGAUUCUACUGCUUGCAUCACACGCAAGCCUACAUCAGUUACCUGAUGUGGAAUAAAGUUCCAUGUAGUCAUGGCUCUAUGUACAAGGGCAUAAGGCGAGACCCAAAUGCAGACACAGGAGGAAGAUGGUAGAGCACCGAUAUUUAUUAUAACAAAGGGAGUAGGCAAAGGCAUGUCGGGGACAGGCGAGAGUUCAUACACCAGGUCAGAGUCCAAACAGUACCAGACGAUAGGCAGUCUCGAGGUCAGGCCAGGCAGGGGUUAGAAACCAGGUCCGAGUCCAAAACAGUACAAGGGGAUAAGCAGGCCUGUCACAGCCUACUAGGAGUGGUGGGUUGGAUUCAGGUGCAGAGAGCAGGGUUCGGUAAAUAAAAAACGGUCAACCAAUAUACAGGGUGCAUAAAACAGACCAGCCCAAACGCAGGACCAAACAGUCCGGAGAAUACAAACAUGAAACCAAAACCAACAGAGUAACAAAAGACAAUCCUGCUCAAAACAAGGGCGGGUCAAACUACUACAUAUAGGGAAGCUAAUUAAACCAAAAUACACACAGGUGAAACUAAUAAGACAUAACCAACAGACGAACGAAAAAGGUAUCGGUAGCAGCUAGUAGGACAGUGACUACGACCGCCGAUCACUGCCCGAACAGGCAGGGGAGCCAACUUCGAUGGUCAAGGCUGGUAGUCAGAACAGGCAGAGUGGUCAGGCAGGUGGGUUCGGAGUCAGGACAGGCAAGGGUUGAAACCAGGAGGACUAGCAGCAAACAGACUGGGGGAAAAAAACAGCAAGGAAAAAUGCAUUUUGGCUUGGUAAACAAGACAAACUGGCACAGAGAGACAGGAAACACAGGGAUAAAUACACUGGGGAUAAUAAGCGACACCUGGAGGGGGUGGAGACAAUCACAAGGACAGGUGAACCAGAUCAGGGUGUUACUCUAUGUAGUACUGUGCACCUCUCACAGUCUGUUCUGGACUUGGGGAUUGUGAAGUGACAAUACCACUCACAAAUACAAGUAGUGAUGAAGUCAACCUCUUCUCCACUCUGAGCCUGUUGAGAUUGACAUGCAUAUAUGUUAGCUCUCUGUGUACAUUCAAGGGCCAGCCGUGCUGCCCUGUUCUGAGCAAAUUGCAAUUUUCCUAAGUCCCUCUUUGUGGCACCUGACCACACGACUGAACAGUAGUCCAGGUGCGACAAGACUAGAGCCUGUAGGACCUGCCUUGUUGAUAGUGCUGUUAAUAAAGCUGCCCAGUGCUUUAUGAUAGACAGACUUCUCCCCGUCUUAGUGACUGUUGUGUCAGUAUGGUUUGACCAUGACAGUUUACCAUCCAGGGUUACUUCAAGCAGUUUAGUCACCUCAAAUUGCUCAAUUUACACAUUAUUCAUUACGAGAUGUAGUUGAGGUUUAGGGCUUGGUGAAUGAUUUGUCCCAAAUACAAUGCUUUUAGUUUUUGAAAUAUGUAGGACUAACAUAUCCCUUGCCACCCAUUCUCAAACCAACUGCAGCUCUUUAAGUGUUGCAGUCAUUUCAGUCGUUGUAGUAGCUGACGUGUAUAGUGUUGAGUCAUCCGCACACUGGCUUUACUCAAAGCCAUGUCUAAGUAAAGAGAUUGAAAGAAUUACCUCCAUUCAUGAUGUUUAUUUGACCCUUAAUGUCUCAUGACAACAAUACAUACAAAUCUAAAGUGAAGUAAUGUAAUUAAGAAAUAGAUAAAUAUUAAGAUUGAGCAAUGUCGGCAUGGCAUUGACUAAAAUACAGUAGAAUAGAAUACAGUUAAUACAUAUGAGAUGAGUAAAGCAGUAUGUAAACAUUAUUAAAGUGACUAGUGUUCCAAUAUCAAAGUGGCUAGUGAUUCCAAGUCUAUGUAUAUAGGGUAGCACCCUCUAAGGUGCAGGGUUGAGUAACUGGGUAGAAGCUGGCUAGUGUAACAGUCUAAUGGCCUUGAGAUAGAAGCUGUUUUUCAGUCUCCCUGUCCCAGCUGCUUUGAUGCACCUGUACUGACCUCGCCUUCUGGAUGAUAGCGGGGUGAACAGGCCGUGGCUCAGAUGGUUGAUGUCCUUGAUGAUCUUUUUGGCCUUCCUGUGAUAUUGAGGUGCUGUAGGUGUCCUGGAGGGCAGGUAGUUUGCCUCUGGUGAUGCUUUGGGCAGACAGCACCACCCUCUGCAGAGCCCUGCGGUUGCUGGCGGGGCAGUUGCCAUAACAGGCGGGAAUACAGCCCGACAGGAUGCUCACAAUUGUGCAUCUGUAAAAGUUUGUGAGGGUUUUAGGGGCCAAGACAAAUUUCUUCAGCCUCCUGAGGUUGUAGAGGCGCUGUUGCGCCUUCACCACACUUUCUGUGUAGGUGGACUAUUUCGAGUUGUCCGUGAUGUGUACGCCAAGGAACUUGAAGCUUCCACCUUCUCCACUGCGGUUCCGUUGAUAUGGAUAGGCUCGUGCUGCCUCUGCUGUUUCCUGAAGUACACAAUCAACUCCUUUGUUUUGUUGACGUGGAGGGAGAGGUUAUUUUCCUGGCACCAACCUCCCAGGGCCCUCACCUCCCCCCUGUAGGCUGUCUCGUCUUUGUUGGUAAUCAAGCCUACUACUGUUAUGCCUGAUGCAAACUUGAUGAUUGAGUUGGAGGCGUGUGUGGCCACGCAGUCAUGGGUGAAUAGGGAGUACAGGAGUGGGCUGAGCACGCAUCCUUGUGGGGCCCCAGUGUUGAGGAUCAGCAAAAUAGAGGUGUUGUUUCUUACCUUCACCACCUGGGGUUGCCACGUCAGGAAGUCCAGGACAGGGCGGUGUUCAGGCCCAGGGUCUCAAGCUUAAUGAUGAGCUUGGAGGGUACUAUGGAGUUGAAUGCUGAGCUAUAGUCAAUGAACAGCAUUCUUACAUAGGUAUUCCUAUUGUCAUGAUGGGACCGAGCAGUGCGAUGGCGAUUGCAUCGUCUGUGGAUCUAUUGGGGCGGUAAGCAAAUUUAAAUGGGUCUAGGUUGUCAGGUAGGGUGGAGGUGAUGUGAUCCUUAGCUAGCCUCUCAAAGCACUUCAUGAUGACAGAAGUGAGUGCUACGGGGCAAUAGUCAUUUAGUUCAGUUAACUUUGCUUUCUUGGCUACAGGAACAAUGGUGAAAGUGGCGACAGCAGACUGGGAUAGGGAGAGAUUGAGUAUGUCAGCUGGUCUGCGCAUGAUCUAAGGACGCGUCUGGGGGUGCCGUCUGGGUCGAAAGCCUUGCAAGAAUUAAGACAUGUCAUUGUUUUUAUGAGAAGUGUUCCUGAGGCAGCACAUUAUAUGGCGGUUUCCCGGACACAGAUGAAGCUUUGUCCUGGACUAAGAAGCUCGGUUAAUAGAGAAGCUUUAUAGUCCAGGGUUAAGAUGAAACUGUCCGGGAAACCGUCCCUAUGUGUCUGUCUACUACCUGCCUGUGAGGGAAUACCUCCUCAUCCACAGAGAUCAUAUUUGAUAUGCCGUUUUUGUGAUUCCAUUUGACUGGUUUUUUAAAAAGAAAUUCUAUAGAUUUUACCACAAAGAAAAUAUACAAAGUAGUGACAAUUGUAUUUAAGAAAUUCUAAAUGUAUUUUCAGUGUUGGAUGUAGAAUCUGUAAACCAAAUAAUUUGUGUGCGUGUGUGUGUUUCAGCAUUUAAGUGUGAUAGGAGACGGAGAGGAGAAUGUUUAGGUUGUCAACAAUAUGCUUUGUCAAUUCUCUUGUAUAAUGUGACUUACGACAAUUCUUACAUAAUCCUGUUUCUAGAUGUCAUAGACUGCAGCUAUUUGUGGUAGGAAACAUAAGGUGACUCGAGCCAUCUAUUAUUAAGCAGUAUUUCACACUUGAGCCAAGAAGAACAUAACUUUGAUAUUCAUCAUAAUUUACCACGAUGAAAAGAAGGCAAAAUAACGUUGCAGGUGCUGAGUUUGAUGCUGUUGAAAGUCUCAACGUUUUCUACACUGUUUGCGCGGUUUUCUACCAAAUUGUGAACUGUUGGAUUCAGCUGUUGCCUGAACUGAGAUUGGAAGGAAGUGAAAUCAGAUUCUUGUUAGCUGUAAUAGACACCUUCCUUCUGUUUUUUGUUUGUUUUCAUGAAGAGAUUUGAAAAAUAGUUAAAUAAAACUAUCAAAUAAAGAUGUCUGUUUGGAAAAAAAGGAUGACCAUUACUUUAUGGCUAGCAGUACACUUAUCUUGAAAUUUCUAUGAAUAUCCUCUUCAUAAUAGGUACAUUUUAAUGCCUCAUGGGCUAUGCAUACUACUGGCAUUAUAAUGCACAAUUUAGGUGCGAAGCUGCUCUGUUAAUAAAGCAUUUUGAGCAGACAGCAGGUUUAGGAAGCAACGUGUUAUAAUCCAUAUUCUGAAAUGAAACAUUGUUACAAAGUCGUAUUCACAUUUUAUUACUCGAGACAUCAUUGCCAUACAGUGAGCUCCAAAAGUAUUGGGACAGUGACACAUUUUGGGGAUUUGAAAUGACAGGUUAAAGUGCAGACUGUCAGCUUUAACUUUAAGGUACACUAAAUGGCCAAAAGUAUGUGGACAACCCUUCAAAUUUGUGGAUUUGGCUAUUUCAGCCACACCCAUUGCUUACAGGUGUAUAAAAUUGAGCACACCACCAUGCAAUCUUCAUAGACAAACAUUGGCAGUAGAAUGGCCCAUACUGAAGAGCUCAGUGAUUUUCGUCAUAGGAUGCCACCUCUCCAACAAGUCAGUUAAUCAAAUUUCUGCGCUGCUAGAGCUGCCAUGGUCAACCGUAAGUGCUGCUAUUGUGAAGUGGAAACAUCUAUGAGCAACAAAGGCUCAACUUUGAAGUGGUAGGACACAAGCUCACAGAACAGGACUGCUGAGUAAUGAAGCGUCUAAAAAUAGUCAGUCCUAGGUUGCAACACUCACUGCAGAGUUCCAAACUGCUUCUUGAAAUAGGUUUCCAUGGCCGAGGAUCACCAUACGCAAUGCCAAGCAUCAGCUGGAAUGGUGUAUAAAUUGCUGCCAUUAGACUAUGGAGGGGUGGAAACGCGUUCUCUGGAGUGAUGAAUCACGCUUCACCAACUGGUAGUCCGACGGACUAAUCUGGGUUUGGCGGAUGCCAGGAGAACGCUACCUGCCCCAAUGCAUAGUGCCAACUGUAAAGUUGGUAGAGGAGGAUUAAUGAUCUGGGGCUGUUUUUAAUGGUUUGGGCUAAGCCCCUUAGUUCCAGUAAAGAGAAAUCUUAACGCAACAGCAUACAAUGACAUUCUAGACGAUUCUGUGCUUCCAAAUUUGUGGCAACAGUUUGGGGAAGGCCUUUCUUGUUUCAGCAUGACAAUGCACUCAUGCGUCAUUCCUAACUCAGUUGCCAGAGAGGACGGAAUCCGCUAAGGGAUUUCACCAUUAGGCCAAUGGUGACUUUAAAACCUUUGGAAGUUUAAUGGUUGUGAUAAGAGAAAACUCAGGAGAGAUCAUCAGCAUUGUAGUUACUCCACAAUAGCAACCUAAUUGACAGAGUGAAAAGAAGAAAUCCUGUACGGAAUACAAAUAUUCCCAAACAUGCAUCCUGUUUGCAAACAAGGCACUAAAGUAAUACUGCAAAACGUGGCAAAGCAAUUCACUUUUUUGUCCUGAACACAAAGUGUUAUGUUUGGGGCAAAUCCAAUACAUCACAUUACUGGGUACCACUCUCCAUAUUUUCAAUCAUAGUGGAAGCUGCAUCAUGUUAUGGGUAUGCUUUUAAUCAUUAAGGACUGGGGAAUUUGUAGGAUAAAAAGAUAAACAGAAUGGAGCUAAGCACAGGAAAAACCUAGAGGAAAACCUGGUUCAGUCUGCUUUCCACCAGACACAGUUGUCCAAAAAGUUAUAAUUUUGACUAAUCUGUUUAUAGAUAAUUCUUCCAAGAGUCUUGAUGAUCUUCCAGGUGCUUUUUGUCAAACCUGAGUCAAGUUUUUGGACCAGAUGGGUCCUAUUAUGUUUGGUCGAAAACCGAACACUGCAUUCCACAGUAAGAACCUUAUACCAACGGUCAAGCAUGGUGAUAGUCGUGUGAAGGUUUGAAGAUGCUUUGCUUGCAUUAAUAGAAGGAACAAUGAAUUCUGCUCCUUAUCAGAUAAUUCUACAGGUGAAUGUCAGGCCAUCCAUCUGUGAGCUGAAGCUGACGGUCAGCUAAGUCAUGCAGCAAGAUUGUUGAAUGGUUAAAAAGCAACAAAUUUGAAGUUUUUAAAUGACCUAGUCAAAGUCCAGACCUAAUCCCAAUUGCGGUGUGGAAGGACAUGAAACGAGCAGUUCAUGCUUGAAAACCCACAAAUGUUGCUGAGUUAAAGCAGGUCUGUAUACAAAAGUGGGUUUAAAUUCCUCCACAGCGAUGUUAAGAGACUGAUCAACAACUGCGGGAUGCCUUUGGUUGGAGUCAUUGCAAGGUGGCACAACCAGUUAUUGAGUGUAAGGGUGUAAUUACUACUUUUUUGUUAUUCGUAAACUCAGGUUCCCUUUAUCUAAUAUUAGUUAUUGGUUGAAGAUCUAUCUACAUUCAGUAUCAAAAAUGUGCAAAAAUAGAGAAAUUCAGAAAUGGGGCAAAUACUUUUUCUCGGCACUGUAUGUAAAUGAGAUUUCUGUAAUACAUUUUCAAUAAAUAUGCUAAGAAUUGAAAAACAUGUUUUCACUUUGUCAUUAUAGAGCAUUGUGUGUAGAUGGGUGAGACAUUUUUUUAUUUAAUACAUUUUAAAUUCAGGCUGUAACACAACAAAAUGUAAACUCAGAUUUUUUUUCCUUGCAUAUCUGAUACCUUAUUUUAAACAAUGUCGAAAUUGACUACAAUUGUAAAUAGGAUAAUUUUUAUCAUAAUGUUGCGCUCAUCCAAAACAACAUUUUGUAAGUGAGUUCGUCAUGACUUAUUAGGGUGUCCAAUUACAGUGAUGUAAAAUACUGAGGUAGAAAU